CCAUCCUCACCCUCUCCGGUAUUCCGGUCCGUCUUCUCCGAUGGCAGCGUUUACUCUCUCCUCCUCUCUCCUACCUAAAACCCUAACCCCGACCCACCAUUCUCCGCUGCUCCUUCCAGUUCCCAUCUCCUUCUCCAGCUCUCGCUGGAAGUUUUCCUCCCGACCCAAAUCGCGGCUUUCGAUCAGCGCCGCCAUUGAUGGCGACUACUCGGCGAAACGGAGUAGCAGCAGUAGCGAGCCUAGGGAGACCAUCAUGCUCCCAGGAUGCGACUAUAACCACUGGCUUAUUGUUAUGGAGUUCCCGAAGGAUCCUGCUCCCACUAGGGAGCAGAUGAUUGAGACUUACCUCAACACUCUUGCUACUGUUCUUGGCAGCAUGGAAGAGGCAAAGAAGAAUAUGUAUGCAUUUAGUACCACUACAUAUACCGGAUUCCAGUGCACAGUUGACGAGGCAACGUCUGAGAAAUUCAAGGGAUUGCCUGGAGUUCUUUGGGUCUUACCUGACUCGUAUAUAGAUGUGAAGAACAAGGACUAUGGAGGGGACAAGUAUAUCAAUGGAGAAAUUAUUCCAUGCUCAUACCCAACUUAUCAGCCAAAGCAACGGGGCAAUAAUUCCAAAUAUCAAAGUAAGAGGUAUGAAAGACGGAGAGAUGGACCACCUCCUCAGAGAAGACCGAGACAACAGGCAACUACGUCAGACUCCACCUCUGGAUGAGAAAGUGUGGUGUUAACAUGGUAAUCCAAGUUGAUGGUUGGGGCUCAUUGAAGUUGCUUGCACAUCAUUCUGAAACAGGGUUUAAGAUAUUCUGUAUUGGUGUAUUCGUCUUUAAUUAAGGUCAGGAAAUCAAAUUUUAUGAAACAAUUCUAGUCUGUUGUGUAGUUAGUCGAUGUCAACUUGGUCUUGAGGAAUGUUAAUAAUUGCAGUUUGAGUACUCGUUUUUGGGAAUUGAAGUAUCUAUUCUUCCCAAAUGCACCUGGAUGCCAACUUACUUUUUAAUUUGGUCUCCAUUAUUAGUUCCACCUUAUUUUCUUCCAUUUGUUCCUUCAUUUCAAUACUGAAGGUUCAACUAAAAGGUGGAGAAUAUUCAAUUCUAAAUCCUUGUAAUUCUUGAAUUUAUGUUA